AUGAGCCCCAAACCUACAGGGGAAUGGCAGCCUGUACCCCUGUCGCUUGCCCCAUCUAUCGCAGCUUAUAACAUAUGGACACAAGAUACGCUACCAAUCGAGAUAGACCAAGCAACCCAUCGACUCAAUCUUCUCAACUCUUUCCGUAUCCCUCCUUCAUCCAAUAUUUUAGAAAUAGGAUGCGGCCAAGGAACAUGCACUGUAGUUCUGGGAGCUGCCACCGGACCAUCCGGCCAUGUUGACGCUAUCGACCCCGCCUCGCUUGAUUACGGUGCCCCCUACACCCUGGGCCAAGCACAAGACCAUAUUGCGAAAGGCGAUUUGGGUAGUCGCAUCACAUUCUGGCAGCGACAACUUCAAGACUUUCUACAAGAGACUGGUGAUAAGAAAUGGGAUUGCGCUGUUCUCGUGCACUGCAUCUGGUACCUCGAUAGUGAACAGACCCUCAGUCAAAUGCUCCAAGCUUUAAAGGGUCGAGUAGGAAAAUUAUGCAUCGCCGAGUACUCGAUGCAGGCUUCUGAGACAGCUGCUGUCCCACAUUUGCUUGCAGCGCUUGCACAGUCUACACUAGCUGCCCACAACUCGGAAAGCGAAGCGAAUAUUCGUUGCCUCCUAACUCCGCCAGACAUUAAGCGAAUUGCAGAUCAGGCGGGGUGGAAGGUGGAAGAAGAGGCAACCAUUGUCCCUGAUGAGAAGCUACAAGAUGGCAUGUGGGAGGUUGGGGGAGUCAAGAGUCAGGAGUUUCUCGACGACGUGGAUAAAUAUGUCAAAGACGGCAAGAUCAAAACUCUUCUUCGGAGUCAGAGAGAAGCUGUGUUGAGAGCUGAUGAACAGCUUCGUGGUGGCAAGUCUAGAACCAUGGAUGUUUGGGCGGCUACACUUGUGUAA